CCCGCCCAGGAUGGAGGCGCCCGCCAGCGCGCAGACCCCACAUCCUCACGAGCCCAUCAGCUUCGGCAUAGACCAGAUUCUCAACAGCCCGGACCAGGACAGCGCUCCCGCCCCCAGGGGCCCCGACGGCGCCAGCUACCUGGGGGGACCUGGGAGUCGGCCGGGAGCCACGUACCCAUCCCUGCCGGCCUCCUUCGCCGGCCUUGGCGCGCCCUUUGAGGACGCGGGAUCUUACAGUGUCAACCUCAGCCUGGCACCCGCCGGGGUGAUACGAGUUCCGGCGCACAGGCCGCUCCCGGGGGCCGUGCCGCCGCCGCUGCCCAGUGCGCUGCCCGCCAUGCCUGCGGUGCCUGCCGUGCCAAGCCUGGGCGGACUCAACUUUCCCUGGAUGGAAAGCAGCCGUCGCUUUGUGAAAGAUCGCUUCACAGCAGCGGCCGCGCUCACUCCCUUCACGGUAACUCGGAGAAUCGGACACCCCUAUCAGAACCGGACGCCCCCGAAAAGGAAGAAGCCACGCACAUCUUUCUCACGGGUGCAGAUCUGCGAGCUAGAAAAACGUUUCCAUCGCCAGAAGUACCUGGCCUCUGCCGAGAGGGCGGCGCUCGCCAAGUCCCUCAAGAUGACCGACGCGCAGGUCAAGACCUGGUUCCAAAACAGGAGGACCAAGUGGCGGCGGCAGACGGCCGAGGAGAGAGAGGCCGAGAGGCAGCAGGCGAGCCGGCUGAUGCUGCAACUCCAGCAUGACGCCUUCCAAAAGAGCCUCAAUGACUCCAUCCAGCCGGACCCGCUCUGUCUGCACAACUCGUCUCUGUUUGCGCUGCAGAACCUGCAGCCCUGGGAAGAGGAAGGCACCAAGGUUCCUGCGGUCACCUCGCUGGUCUGAGCCGCGGCCGGACCGCCACACCCCG